AUGUCUUCGAUGCGAGAUGCCAUCGACACAUUUCUAAGUGCCAUAAGCUUUCUCAUAGAGUCAAUUUAUGGCGUUGCUAUUGGCCUACCUGCAUACUUUAUCAUCAAUCCCAUUCUCCAUCUUCUGGCUCUCCCGUAUACUCUUAAAUACUUCUCCUCUAACUGGUCUUUACUCUCUUUCGAGACGCAGCCUGCUGAGCUGUAUCUUCACCAUUUCGAGAGACUUCAUCCUGAGUUAAUAGAACAUGUUCGAGCUGCCUAUGCUGCAAGGACGAACAAGCGCCCACCGAGGAAGCUCAAGUUUUGGCCUCGCGAAACGAGUCAAAUUAUUCUUCCUCUGGUAGUCGCCAUUCGAGAGUGGAAGUUCUCUUGCGCCGCCGGUCUCUUCGCGUUACUAGAGGACUGUGGAUGGGACCGAACACUCCUGUGGACAUUCCUCCGAAAUCAAGUGGAAAACGCAGGCUUGGUGUCAGCCGAGGAGAAAAUGGCCUUCGCGCGAGUCAUGGAUGUGGCUUGUUCAAACCGAUUUAAGGGCAUUCGACCUGCAUGGGUACGCUCACUGCAACUGUUACGCAACUGGAUGGGCGAGACGGAUCGGAGUUCAAAGAAGCAGCGAGUUAAGAUAGAAAAGUUGAAGGAAAAAUUUGACCCUCUAGGAGUUCCUGUUAUUGCAGUGUCUGGGGACCGUAUCGACUGGUUGCUGCAACGGAAUGUUGUCCUCAUCUUGGACCAGACUAUUCGGGAUGCAUCGUAUAAGAUGAAAUACUUUCAACCCAUCUGGAUCAACGUUACGAAUAGCCAGGAUCCGGAGAAGGUUUCGAAGAGCUACUGGCAGCAAGUUUCCUUGGAUAGGUGA